GAUUUGAGAGAGAAAAUCAAAAGUGGGAAGAAAAAUGGGGUCUUUGAUGGAAGAUUUCAAGAGACAAGCUUCUUUUUUCUUGAGAGAGAAGAUCAAGACAGCAAGAUUGGUUCUGACUGAUGUAACACCUGCACAAAUAUUGACUGAAGAUGUGACAAAUAGAGAUUCAUUGGCAGCAGAUGUUCAUGCCAUGAGAGUCAUAGCUCGAGCUGCCUUUGAAGUUGAUGAUUAUGAGAGAAUUGUUCAUAUCCUGCAUCAUAGGUUGUCAAAAUUCGAAGCAUGGAACUGGAGGGCUUCCUACAAAGCUCUAAUCCUUCUUGAACACCUUCUCACACAUGGGCCACAAAGAAUUGCUGAGGAAUUUGAGAUCCAUCAAGACACCAUCUUAGAUAUGGCAACUUUUCACUUCAUAGAUAACAAAGGAUUCAACUGGGGAAUGAGUGUGAAGAACAAAUCAGAAAGAGUAGUAAGUCUGCUCCAAGACAGGUCAUAUCUCAAAGAAGAAAGAGCAAGAGCAAGGAAGCUAACCGUUGGAAAAAUCAAAGGCUUCGGGAGUUUCAGCCAGACUCCGGCUGAUGAGAGCUCAGACGACAACAUUGACCGUCGCCCAAUUUUCAGAUCGAAAUCCCUCUUCUUGGGCAGCCAUCGCGAUGCUGCAGCCAAGGCUAACUUACUGGGAUCAGAUGAAUACACCAAGUUAUUAAAAACCAACAUGAUAGCUGAAAACGAUAACGUAAAAGGCUGCUCACUUGCCAUGGAACAAGAUCAUCCAUUUUGGGACAAGGAACUUCAGACCAGAGCCUCACUACUGUCUUCUGUAUAAACAUAUGCACCUUGAGUGUGUGUCUGUGUGUGUGUGGUAUGAGUUUUAUUUUGUUUUUUCAUUGGAUAUAUGGAAACAGGAGAGCUUAAACUA